GAGUUAGGAGUUAAUACCGUAACCCAGCCCACGGCAUCAUGCGGUGUAUCCACCCAACCGGUCACUUGCAGAACUCAGUCGAUGGAGACGGAUAUUAACGAUGUUAUGAAUAAAAGUAUCGCCACUGACCGCGCUGAACUUGUGGAUAAAAUUAUGGAAACAUCUAGAAGUGAUCGAAUCGAUCCCGUGAGGCAACUGUCAUGGGAGGAAAAAGCUCGUCGCGACAUGAUGACGUCACCAGUUCUGCGGCAAUUGGUCCUGAAAACAUCCGGUGUUGACACAUCUCACGACUUUGAUGAUCACUCACAACAAACAUCGCUACUUAUCGAUCGACCACAGCCAAAUACUCAUCAAUCGAUACAAACUUCACCAAACAGUGAAAGAAAACGAAGUGAUCGAUGUGUUCAAUUCGCACCGAACUAUAUUGAUCGAAUGACUUCACCAAUAUUCAAGCGGUCAAUGAAAGGAAUGUUUGAGACGUCUAUUGCUGAGAUGUUCUGCCGGUCACAACAAACAUCUCAAGAUAUGGGUGACAGACUCCCUGAAACCACUAAGACGGAGUUGAUAACGCGAGGUGUCGGACCGGAUGAGGGUAGGUGCCAACACCUUGAUCAUAUACUAGUCGGAAUUUUUAACGUAACCCACCAUGCGCAGCGUAUGAACAGCGAAUAG